AUGGCGAAUGUUUUCGAGUGCGUCGUCAGUGGAACCGGCAGCCGAUGGAUGGUGGGAACGCUCAUCCUGACGCAUUUGAUAGCGUACAAUGAGGCGGGCGGACCGGGGCUGAUGAUAGGGAUGGCUCUGGCAGCCCUGUACGCCGCCCUUGCCGGAACGUGCAAAUCGGGCAUCAAAUCGUUACAGAUCUCCUACAUUCGCACCACACACCGGGUCGACUUCUUCUGUCUGUUUCUCGCCAAGUGGAUGGACAUAUUGGCCCUGUUCUCGGCCUGUGCGGUGCUGGUACGAACGUUAAGCUCCUGCCUCGACGCCAUGACCGGUGGUUUGGCGCGGAUGUAUAUUUUAGGCCGUAACUCACCCGCCAACGAACCCUGGCCGGACGUAAUCGGUGUGGUGGUCAUCUUCAUCGUUACCGGAAUGUUUAUGCUUGGGCUGGAAAAUACCCGAAUCUUUGGCAUACUGAUGAUGGCGGGCGUCCUGCUCGUCGGUACACUGAUCGUCAUCAUGACGGGGCUGCGCGGAAAUCCUGCCCUGUUCCGCACCGAACCGAUCCUACCGAAGGGUAUCGUUGGGCUCCUUUCCGGGACGGCCCUGUCAACGUUCACUUACUCGAACGAUUUACUAAACGGUAAUUACAUCAAACGUCUCCUGGGAUUGGUCGUUAUCCUGCUAGUUUUACUAUCGAGCGAACUAGUCGGUGCGUGCUUAACGAUGCUGAUAAAAUUCAGUUCCAGCCACGACUAUGAAGCCGUCCCCAUACUUUCCAUCCUAGAGCUGAAGGACUUUCACAAGCUAAUCCCGGCCGUCGCCUGUCUGCUCGUGCUCACCUGUUCCGGCGCCCUGCUUGAGCUCUUCCCCGAGAUGUACACCCAGAUCGUGCAGCUAACCACAUCGGACUGGCGCAUCCUGGCGAAACAGAUUGGGUACGAAAAUCGGGACAGCGGAAGCCCCACGCUAACGAUCUUUACCGGUGGUAGUUUGUGUGCUAUGUUGGCAUUUGCCUGUCCGCUCGAGAAUCUCACGUACAUCCUAGCGGCAAGUAACGUUCUUGCCACGUUGCUGAGAUCUUUCCACUUUCUUUACCUACCCUUCCGGCCACACUAUCUCGAGCAGCAACAUGAGUCAAGUCUUGGGUAUAGUCGGUUGAAUACGGGUAAGCCCGCUUCUACUAAUUCCGUCCCGUCCAACACUAGCAGCGGUCCCCGGACGGGGCGUCAAUCGAGUCUUUGGUGCUUUAAAUCGUCCAACUUUUGCAACACUACCAAAGCUGCAAUAGCGCAUCACAUGCUGCCCGGCAGUCGUGGUGCAAUGUCCCACGCAAACGGCUUCAAUCGAGAGGAGCAUGAGCGGGAGUGGCUGCUUCUAGGUGAACCAUCCUCGCCAAAAGGACCACCGCACAGCCCACCGAGUACCGUCGAGUCAACCGUCCUUUCGGAUCAAAUCUCCGACAUUGAGUGUAUUGCGCUCGCGAAACCGGAAAACAUGGACAGCGAGGACAGUUCGACGGAUAUUGAUGCGAUUGUGGAUGAGUAUCGGCAGAAGGUGACCGUUUCGACAGCGGGAUACACAUCCGACGGCGAUACAUUGAGGCUGCCGACAGCAAACAGCUGGUAUCUUGCCAUCAUAUUCAUUGUGCUGAUUGUGCUGGGAAGCGUGAUAACGGCGUCUGGGUUGAUGCUGUGGGAUACGAUCAUGAUCAUUGCCGGUGUGAAUGUGGUUUUUAUUCCAGCAACCAUUUUGCUACUAUUUCCGAGGUACGAUCAAGCGAAUUCCUCACCAACAGCUCCUGCCAUGAUGACGUGCGUCAUAACAGUGCUCGCAUCGUUCAUCCUUUUCUCGGCUUCUUUUGCACAGUCGUGGCCAGCGUUGCUGCUCUGGUUUCUAGCAGGACUAUUCCUAUUUAUCCGAUGUGAUACCUGGUGCUGCCUGUGCCUGGAUCGACCCGGCAGUGGCCAAACGACGCUCAUCACCAGCGUGUCCACCACAAAGACGACCACGAUUCGCGUCCCGCGUCCACCGAAGGGAGCCAUCAUACAGACACGCAUUGCCGGCCACAGCUGACAGUCAGACUCGACCGAUAGCGAGCUGUUCGAGGACGAGGACACGGUCGAGGAGUGGACCGACUGAUGGAUCGACGGACGCAUUCCGAACUGUGGUGUUCUC